UUGGAACUGUACGGAACAUGAGAUCAAAUCAAAUUGGAUUUAUUUAUAACCUACAAACUUAUUUUAUUCAAAAAUGUUUAGACAUGUGUUAAAGACGUGCUCAGUUUUUAGGACUUUAAGACCCAACCUGCCUAGUUUAACAACAAUUAACAGCAUUAAAACAGUUCACACAAGUUGUGUUGUUCAGGCUAAAAUUUUCGUGGAAAAUGAAAACCAAUACAUGUACACUUUGUUACCUAACACAGUUUACCAAACGGAAAAGCCGUCUGAAACAAUCAACACCUUGGAAAACUUCAAUGAAACAAUGCAAAAACACUACAGAAAAUCGCCGAUAGAUGAAAUCGUAGACACGUUCCUAAACGUAAAACAAUUCUGCAUAGACAACAACAUAAAUAUAUCAGACAAACGUUUCGACAACCUCGUCGAUGGUCUAAUGGACCAGUGUCAGGAUCUAACAGAUCAACAACUUUAUGACCUUCUCACAACACUUACAGAACUUCCACCUUGUGAUGGGUAUGACUCUCACAACUUUCACGACGUUUGGAGCUGCCUCGACGAUUUUUGCAUCUGGAGAUUGCAAAAUUGGGACAUAAAAACAAUGUUCAAAUACGCAGACUUAUGGUACAAACUCAACCUGGGGAGAAUUAGUGAUUAUUUAUAUGAAGUCAUUGAUAUUCUACCUAAAAAGGCUGAAACUUUAACAAAGGACGAGUUGGUGCACGCGUUUUUCCUCCUCAAUGUGUGCAGGAGGCUCAAAGUUAAUUUUGAAGUGGAGGAUGCAUUGGAAAAGAAAAUUAAUGAGAUGAAUGUUGAUGAAAUGGCUAUUGUCAGUUUAGGGUACUUUAAAACUAAAAGUAGUAUCAAAUUAACCACCAUUCUGCAAGCAAUGCUUAGAGAAAUAUCAAGGAAUAGUAAAACUGUACAUGAAAUAAGCUUAACUGCUAUUUUAAAGGUGAUCAGAUUGUCCAGACCUGGAAGGUUGGCCAAAGAUAUUUAUUUGGCUUUGGACAUUUUAAGCAAUGAAGUUGACAGAAUAUCACACUUGGCUGCUUUACAUCUAUCCUUAGUUAGUACAAGUAUAAAUGCCUUCCAUAAAAAAUCUUUAAUUAAUGUAUCAAAUAAACUAAUAAAAGACAUAAACGACCCGAAAAAAGUCAGACUGAAAGACAUUGAACGUUUACUAUUUGCCUUAACUCAGUCAGACUUCAAUCCACAAACAACCCCAGACAUUUAUCAGGCUUGUUUAGAAGAACUGCACAGCAAAAAUAGGGAGACAGAAAUAAUUCAGUAUCCAAGGUCCUUGUCUUGUAGUUUACAUUAUUUGAGCCUGAGAGGUUUGUACUCACACCAACUAUUGGAUAAAGUACUUGAUAAAACUUACAUAGAAGAUACUUAUGGUAAAAACAUAAAAUGUUUGCCCAGGGAAAUAUUUUUCCUCGACGGUUCAUUACAAGUUGAAUGUCCUGAUUACACAGGCAAUAGGUUGUUACCAAAAACUAGGUACAAGGCAGCGAAAUGGCACACUGAAUUCACCCCUUCUCACGACCAGUGGAAAAAAAUAUCAAUAGCUGAUCAAUUAAUACUAGACACGAUUGAUACAAUUACAGAAUACGUUGGAGACAAACGUUAUUUGUACAUUGAACAUGUUUUGCCCCAUUUCUCGAAGGCUGACGUGAUUUUGUGCAAGGAUAAUACUACAAAUAAGUUCGUUGAACCGAUUGGCUUUACGAAUUAUGUAUUUGGUGAUAUUAUGGUGCCUCAUAAAGACGAUAAUUUAAAAUGGUAUGCUGUCGUGAUUGCUGGGUGGAACAAUACGAUUAGAGAUACUAAUUUUCCUGUUGGACAAAUCGUUACCAAAAUGCGACAGUUAGAGAAAAUCGGUUAUACUCCAAUUCUUGUAAUUUGGAGCGAGUUUAUCGACCUUAACAAAGAACAAAAAUUGUAUUAUAUUAGAAAUAAAUUGAAAUAAGUUUUACUGGAUUUUA